UGAGUUGACAUCUCUGUUCGUCCUGUGUAUAUAGGCGCCUCUGUUUAACUUGUACCCCUCUCCCCACUACACAAUGUCUCCAGGAGGGACUUGGCUUUGAUCUGAGAUCCUUCCCACUAGAGUGAGUCAGACAUCUAACCUUUCCACUUAGAAGCUGAUGCUGGCACCAUCUCCCUGCAGGCUGGCUGGCCUUGCCCAUUGCUUCUCGGGAACUUCAUCUUUAGGAGGUGGGGUGGGGUGGGAAGGGGAGGGGAGGGGUUACUUAGUAGAUAAAAAACUUGCCACACACGAAUGAGGACCAGAGUUCUAUGGUGGCUUGCCUAUGAUCCCAGAGCUCAGAAGGCAGAGACUGGGUCCCUGGAGUCAGAUGGCUGGCUAGCUAUCAGUGAGCUCAGGGUUCAGCUGAGAGAGCCUACCUUGACGAAUGAGGUGGAGAGUGAUCUAGGAUUCCUGACUUGUACCUUGGGCCUCCACCCCAUGAAUACACAAGUGCACUCAAGCGUGCACAUAAUCCACACACCUAAGACCUCCAUAUCCUCCAAAGCCAGCAUUCGCCCCUCACUUUAGUAAGUGCACUGUUCCCAGGGGUUUAGGCAGGGAAGGGUGCUCUACGUUGAGUUUUGAAGGAGAGAGGAUGAAAGCUCAAAUGCCAGGGCAGGAGACGCUCUUCCAGUCUGACUGCUUACUGUCCCCAUAUAGCAGCAGAGGAUAGUCCCAGAUCAUGCUUUCAGCUUCCCUGUCCAGGGACAUUCGAUGCCUUGCUGAGGAGAGGUAAAGGCUAGGUUUAGUGCACACACUCCAUUGAUUCAGCCUGGACAUUUUCCUCUUCUGAGAAUCCAUGCUCUUUUAAAGCCACUACUUUUGAAACUCUAAACCACCAAGAGGCCUCUUUUUUCUUCCUCUUCCCAUCCCCAGUUUCCACUGCACCGAUUAAAACCAGGAUGGGAAACAUUUGCUGCCUGGUCCCAAUUAUUGUAUCCUUGCCUAAAAUGAAGGGCUUCCCUUCACAAGUCUGGCAGAUUGGCCUCCACCUUUCCCGUAACUUAAUUCUCAGGCUCCCCCACCCAUUCCCUGGGGGGUUGCUAUUGCUGCUGGUAGCUGGAGGCAGCUGUUUUGCCCAGACUUGCAGACCCGACCUGGCCAGGGGCCAGAUUCUUCAGUCGCCUUAGGAAGAGAGCAGUGGUACCAUCCCAUCAUGGGUGACAAAGAACAAUCAAAGGAUUGAAUGGCUCCAGGACCAGGACUAUAAGCCAGCCAAUAGCUUAGGUGGCCAUGAAAAUGCACAGCUGUGGGGUUGGAGGGUAGGCACCUCUUUGGACCCGACAGGCUGCUGGCCACCAGCGGUCAAAUUCCGGAGCGUGUGCGCCUAGGGCGGGGCCUGGGUUGUGGGGAGGGCCGGGCCGCCCCCGACUCUCGCACUCCUGGCUCCCGCGCCACACCGCAGAAGCUGGGUGGGAAGGGCGGGUGCCAGCGCACGCGCGCCACGUUCCCGGGAAGAAAGGUUGUCCGAGCCGGACCAAAGCUGGCUUAGUGUUUCAGGAAGGACCACCUGGAGUGUGUGUGAGCUGCUGGGACGGACUAGAGGAAAAGGGCACCAUGGCGGCCCUCCUGCUGCUGCUGCCCUUACUCUUGCUCCUGCCUCUGCUGCUGAAGCUAGACGUCUGGCCUCAGCUGCGCUGGCUGCCGGCCGACCUGGCCUUCACAGUUCGCGCCCUCCGCUGCAAAAGGGCCCUUCGAGCACGCGCGCUGGCCGCAGCGGCCGCCGACCCCGAAAGCUCUGAGAGCGGGUGCAGUCUGGCCUGGCGUCUCGCGUACCUGGCCCGGGAGCAGCCGACACACACCUUCCUCAUCCACGGCGCGCAGCGCUUUAGCUACGCGGAGGCUGAGCGCGAGAGCAACCGGAUUGCUCGCGCCUUUCUGCGCGCACGGGGCUGGACCGGGGGCCGCCGAGGCUCGGGCAGGGGCAGCACUGAGGAAGGCGCACGCGUGGCGCCUCCGGCUGGAGAUGCGGCUGCUAGAGGGACGACCGCGCCCCCUCUGGCACCCGGGGCGACCGUGGCGCUGCUCCUCCCAGCGGGCCCGGAUUUCCUUUGGAUUUGGUUCGGACUGGCCAAAGCUGGCCUGCGCACGGCCUUUGUGCCCACCGCUUUACGCCGAGGACCCCUGCUGCACUGCCUCCGCAGCUGCGGUGCGAGUGCGCUCGUGCUGGCCACAGCUGGGUUUGCCUACCCUUGUAGAGUUCCUGGAGUCCCUGGAGCCGGACCUGCCGGCCUUGAGAGCCAUGGGGCUCCACCUAUGGGCGACGGGCCCUGAAACUAAUGUAGCUGGAAUCAGCAAUUUGCUAUCGGAAGCAGCAGACCAAGUGGAUGAGCCAGUGCCGGGGUACCUCUCUGCCCCCCAGAACAUAAUGGACACCUGCCUGUACAUCUUCACCUCUGGCACUACUGGCCUGCCCAAGGCUGCUCGAAUCAGUCAUCUGAAGGUUCUACAGUGCCAGGGAUUCUACCAUCUGUGUGGAGUCCACCAGGAGGACGUGAUCUACCUCGCACUCCCACUGUACCACAUGUCUGGCUCCCUUCUGGGCAUUGUGGGCUGCUUGGGCAUUGGGGCCACCGUGGUGCUGAAACCCAAGUUCUCAGCUAGCCAGUUCUGGGACGAUUGCCAGAAACACAGGGUGACAGUGUUCCAGUACAUUGGGGAGUUGUGCCGAUACCUCGUCAACCAGCCCCCGAGCAAGGCAGAGUGUGACCAUAAGGUGCGCUUGGCAGUGGGCAGUGGGUUGCGCCCAGACACCUGGGAGCGUUUCCUGCGGCGAUUUGGACCUCUGCAGAUACUGGAGACGUAUGGCAUGACAGAGGGCAACGUAGCUACGUUCAAUUACACAGGACGGCAGGGUGCAGUGGGGCGAGCUUCCUGGCUUUACAAGCACAUCUUCCCCUUCUCCUUGAUUCGAUACGAUGUCAUGACAGGGGAGCCUAUUCGGAAUGCCCAGGGGCACUGCAUGACCACAUCUCCAGGUGAGCCAGGCCUACUGGUGGCCCCAGUGAGCCAGCAGUCCCCCUUCCUGGGCUAUGCUGGGGCUCCGGAGCUGGCCAAGGACAAGCUGCUGAAGGAUGUCUUCUGGUCUGGGGACGUUUUCUUCAAUACUGGGGACCUCUUGGUCUGUGAUGAGCAAGGCUUUCUUCACUUCCACGAUCGUACUGGAGACACCUUCAGGUGGAAGGGAGAGAAUGUGGCCACAACUGAAGUGGCUGAGGUCUUGGAGACCCUGGACUUCCUUCAGGAGGUGAACAUCUAUGGAGUCACGGUGCCAGGGCACGAAGGCAGGGCAGGCAUGGCGGCCUUGGCUCUGCGGCCCCCGCAGGCUCUGAACCUGGUGCAGCUCUACAGCCAUGUUUCUGAGAACUUGCCACCGUAUGCCCGACCUCGGUUUCUCAGGCUCCAGGUAACCAGCCGUUCCUGCCCCAACCCUUCAUUCAUGUAUCUGCAACUGUUAGGGGUUCUUAACCUCCACCAAGGAACCCCACAGAGGACUCUCCGUGAGGAGGAAGGACGCUCCCCUGAUUGGCGCAUGCUCCUUGCCUCUCCCCCUUUUAUCUUGUAUGUGUGUAUGCCCAUGUGUGUGCAUGUGAAUACGGAGGCCAGAGGACAGCCCUGGGUGUUCUCCUCAAGCACACAGCUGCCCCCUGUGAGACAGGCUCACCAGCUAGGCUAGACUGGCUGGCCAGGGGAUCCUAGAGAUGCUCCCAUCCCCACAUUCUCCCAGGAUCUCUCCCAGGUUGAGGGGGUUGAAUCCGGGUCUGCACACUUGCAAGGCAAGUCUUCCCCACCCCACCUCCACCCCCAUCCCCAUCCCCACCCCCAUCGCAGAGACAGCAGCUGUUGUCCCGCCCACUGAUCUUCCUUCUGUUUUUGUUUUUGUUUUUCGAGACAGGGUUUCUCUGUGUAGCCCUGGCUGUCCUGGAACUCACUCUGUAGACCAGGCUGGCCUCGAACUCAGAAAUCCGCCAAAGGCGUGCGCCACCACGCCUGGCUUCACCUUAAUUCUAUAUAAUGUCCCCUUCCCCCAUACCUGCCCCUAAGCAGAGCUCAGGCAACUCACCUGAGCUGAGUGGACAAACUACAUUUCCUCCAACUCUGAAAACACCCUUCUCUCCCCAGGAAUCUUUGGCCACUACUGAGACCUUCAAACAGCAGAAGGUUAGGAUGGCCAAUGAGGGCUUUGACCCCAGUGUACUGUCUGACCCACUCUAUGUUCUGGACCAAGAUAUAGGGGCCUACCUGCCCCUCACACCUGCCCGGUACAGUGCCCUCCUGUCUGGAGACCUUCGAAUCUGAAACCUUCCACUUGAGGGAGGGGCUCGGAGGGUACAGGCCACCAUGGCUGCACCAGGGAGGGUUUUCGGGUAUCUUUUGUAUAUGGAGUCAUUAUUUUGUAAUAAACAGCUGGAGCUUAUCUGGC